AAAGAGCCCCACCAGUGACCUAAAAACUGGGGCGGAAUCAGGGUAGUGAUCAACCACUUGCCCGCACGAAUGAACUCCCCUUCCUCCCUCCCUGUUGUCAUCAAUUUGACUGACAACAACGAAAUGGCCGGAAACGAAACAACAAACUACAAGCAGGGCUAUUCCAAGUCCACCCUCUCCAGCCACGCCUCCCGGACCGUCGAGUCGGAUGCGGCAUUCCUCCUCCCGCACAUCAAGCCGUCCGACAAGAUCCUCGACGUGGGGUGCGGGCCGGGCACGAUCACGGGGGGGCUCGCCAGACACGCGCCCGAGGGCAGCGUCGUCGGCGUGGACCUCUCGCAGUCUGUCCUCGACGACGCAAGGCGGCACCUGGACGAGCUGAGGGGCGCCGCGGCGGCCGCGGCGGACGGUAACGGCGGCCUCGGGGAGGUGUCGUUCCAGGUGGCGGACGUGCUCGCGGGCCUCCCGUUUGCCGACGGCACCUUCGACGUGGUCUACUCGUCCCAGCUGUUCCCGCACCUGCCGCCGCCGGACGUGCCGCUGCGCGCCAUGCGCGAGAUGCGCAGGGUCCUGAGGCCCGGCGGCGUGCUAGCCUGCCGCGACGUCGCAGAGAUCCACUGGUACCCGCGCCGGCUGGGGCUGGACCGCCUGCACGGCCGCCGCCUGCUGCGCGGCGUGGGGGCGCCCGACUUCCCCGGCCCCACGAUGCCAGCCCUGCUCAGAGCUGCGGGGUUCGACGUCGAUGGCGACGGUGGGGGCGGCGCAGAGGGGGGAGGGGCGCGGAUCGGGGCCGGCACGACAGUGUACUCGGGCCCCGAGGGCAGGCGGUUCCUGGCGGAAGGCUUGCUGGGGAGGCUAGAGGAGGGAGACCCGUACCGGCGGAGCUGGGUCGAGGCAGGGAUUUCGGAGUCGGAGGUCGAGGAGACGAGGGCGGCACUGAGGGAGUGGGUGGAGACAGAGGAUGCGUGGUAUGUCGCCGUCCAGAGCGAGAUCCUCGCAUGGAAGUGAUGGGGGCAGGGUGCCUGUGGGAUGAUGCCUGCCUGCUUCAGCCGUUCCGAUCAAGGAAACCGUCCUCAUUGGAAUUACCGAAAUAGUGGGAGAGCAGGCUGGUGAAUAGAAACGAUAGGCCUGCCCCAGACAGGCAAAGGCGCCCAGGCGAUCAGCAGUAUCAUGAAUGCCUCGUCGCUCGAAAGGAUGAGGUUGUCUGUCUAUUUAGAACCAUGUGGAUGUAGCGAGGAAAUACGGCAUCCCAGAACGCUCUUUCCGUACUCCCCGUCCAGACAGAAAAGGCCAGGACCUGAGGCCACAAACAUCAGAAUAUAGCGAGAACAGUAUACAAGUAUACAUGUCGGCAAAGAAUCCCCAAG